CAUCUUCCACUUCCCGCGAGAGUCGGUACCAGGAAGACGCCUGCAGGGCCGGUCGCGGAGCAGUUGUUGCUGCCGGUGCUGUGUGAGCCGCCGCGGCCGCCGUGGGGAACCGAGGCUCAGGUGGCUAGUCUGGUGGCGGGCCCAGGUCGGAGCGGCCCCUCCGGGCCCGCGGCAGCACUAGGCACGUUCUGUCACUAUCAGGUGGGGAGGAGCCGAAGCACCUGACAGAUUAAGAUGGCGGCGAUGUCUGCGGGAGGCGGCAGCGGCGGCGUGAACCCAUUUCUCAGCGACUCGGACGACGAAGACGACGAGGUGGCGGCGGCGGCAGCCGAGGAGGAGCGGCGGCCCGGCCUGCGGCUUGGGCCCGGAGGCGGCCCCGACCCCGGCUCCGGAGGCUCCCUGUCCCCGCAGGAGCCUAUGGCCGGGGCGGGCAGUGGGCGGCCGGGGGUCCCCGGGGGGGAGGCGGCCUCGGCGGCCGCCGCGGGAGAACCUCCCGCUCGCCUGUCGGUGGACGCGAUCGCGGCACAGCUGCUGCGCGAUCAGUUCCUGCUGACGGCCCUGGAGCUGCACACGGAGCUGCUGGAGAGCGGUCGGGAGCUGCCGCGCCUCCGAGACUACUUCUCCAACCCGGGCAACUUCGAACGGCAGAGCGGAACCCCGCCUGGAGUGGGAGGCCCCGGGAUCCUCGGGGCAGCCGGAGCGGGGGCUGCGGGAAGCCGGGAGCCAGGUGUGAUGCCAGGCGGGGGACAGCUCAAUCGAGCUGGAAGCAUCAGUACCCUUGAUUCUUUGGACUUUGCAAGAUAUUCAGAUGAUGGGAACAGGGAGACCGAUGAGAGAGUAGCAGUCCUGGAGUUUGAACUACGGAAAGCCAAGGAGACCAUUCAGGCCCUCCGAGCCAACCUGACACAAGCUGCAGAAAAUGAAGUUCCUUUACAGGAACGAAAAAAUUACAAAUCAAGUCCUGAAAUUCAGGAGCCAAUCAAACCUCUUGAAAAAAGAGCUCUAAACUUCCUAGUGAAUGAAUUUUUACUAAAGAAUAACUACAAACUUACAUCAAUAACUUUUUCUGAUGAAAAUGAUGAUCAGGAUUUUGAAUUGUGGGAUGAUGUAGGAUUGAACAUUCCAAAACCUCCAGACUUGUUACAACUCUACCGUGACUUUGGAAACCAUCAAGUAGCUGUGAAAGAUGUUGUAGAUGUGGCAAGUGGAGUAGAAGAGGAUGAGUUAGAGGCUGUUACCCCAGUGUUAGGCAGCCUUCCUUCAUUUGAAACCCCACAACCCAUAGAGAAUUGCUUGAUAGUACAGAAGCUAGAAGAUAAAAUUAGUUUAUUAAACAAUGAAAAGUGGUCUUUGAUGGAACAAAUUAGAAGACUAGAGAGUGAAAUGGACAUCCUCAAAAAUGAGAAUUUUUCCUUCCCCACUGUUCGUGACACAGACCAUCCUUCUUUGGACCAAUCCCUUCACAAAAUCUCUGAAGACAGUGAACAGUACUUAGAUGUGAAGAAUUCAGAUAAGGGUCAAACUAAGGAUAUUAAUCUUUCAAUAUCAGAUGAAACAGAUGCCCUGACUCCUAAAGUCAAUGAUUCAAAUUCUCUCCCAAGAAAAGAAAGGGAGAGAAUGCCAUCUUAUUCUCCAUCAAGCAAAGACACAGUUCACUUUGAUAAACCAAAUAGGAAGUUAUCACCCGCUUUCCACCAAGCACUAUUAUCUUUUUGUCGGAUGUCAGCAGACAGUCGUUUGGGAUCAGAGGUGUCCCGGAUUGCAGAUAGUGAAAAAAAUGUCAUGUUAAUGCUGGGACGUUGCCUACCACAUAUUGUUCCAAACGUGCUACUUGCAAAGCGAGAGGAAUUGAUCCCACUGAUAUUAUGUACAGCUUGCCUACAUCCUGAACCUAAAGAGAGAGAUCAGCUUCUCCAUAUACUUUUUAAUUUGAUCAAGCGGCCAGAUGAUGAACAGAGGCAGAUGAUACUGACUGGUUGUGUAGCAUUUGCACGUCAUGUUGGACCAACACGUGUAGAAGCUGAACUUUUGCCACAAUGUUGGGAACAGAUUAAUCACAAAUAUCCAGAGAGACGACUUCUGGUGGCUGAAUCCUGUGGAGCCCUAGCACCUUACCUUCCUAAAGAGAUCCGUAGCUCCCUGGUUCUCUCCAUGUUACAGCAGAUGCUAAUGGAAGAUAAAGCAGAUUUGGUACGAGAAGCUGUCAUCAAAAGCCUUGGUAUUAUUAUGGGAUACAUUGAUGAUCCAGACAAAUACCAACAGGGUUUUGAACUUCUGCUCUCAGCCUUGGGAGAUCCCUCAGAAAGAGUAGUUAGUGCAACACAUCAAGUAUUUUUACCUGCCUAUGCUGCUUGGACUACAGAGCUUGGAAAUUUACAGUCUCAUCUUAUUCCUACACUGCUAAAUAAGAUUGAAAAACUUCUCAGGGAAGGAGAGCACGGGCUGGAUGAACAUAAGCUUCACAUGUAUCUUUCCGCCUUGCAGUCCUUGAUUCCUUCACUAUUCGCAUUGGUGCUACAGAAUGCACCCUUCUCAAGCAAGGCCAAGCUCCAUGGCGAAGUGCCACAAAUAGAAGUAACCAGGUUCCCUCGGCCUGUGUCACCUCUUCAGGAUGUGGCCACCAUCAUUGGGAGUCGUGAGCAAUUAGCAGUGCUGCUACAACUUUAUGACUAUCAACUGGAGCACGAGGGCACAACAGGCUGGGAGAGCUUACUCUGGGUGGUGAACCAGCUGUUACCACAACUCAUAGAAAUAGUUGGUAAAAUCAAUGUUGCUUCCACUGCCUGUGUCCAUGAAUUCUCCAGAUUUUUCUGGCGCCUGUGCCGGACAUUUGGGAAAAUAUUUACAAACACUAAGGUAAAACCUCAAUUCCAGGAGAUUCUAAGAUUGUCUGAAGAAAAUGUUGAUUCUUCAGCAGGAAAUGGGGUCCUAACAAAAGCUACAGUCCCUAUUUAUGCAACAGGAGUCCUUACAUGCUAUAUUCAGGAAGAAGACCGCAAACUUUUAGUUGGAUUCUUAGAAGAUGUAAUGACUAUGCUUUCGUUGUCUCAUGCUCCUCUUGAUAGUCUGAAGGCUUCUUUUGUGGAACUGGGAGCAAACCCAGCAUACCAUGAGUUGUUGUUGACUGUUUUGUGGUAUGGUGUUGUCCAUACUUCAGCACUUGUUAGAUGUACUGCUGCUAGAAUGUUUGAGCUGUUGGUGAAGGGGGUGAAUGAAACUCUGGUAGCUCAGAGGGUUGUUCCUGCUCUCAUUACUCUCUCCAGUGAUCCUGAAAUCUCUGUCAGAAUUGCCACAAUUCCAGCCUUUGGUACCAUCAUGGAAACAGUUAUUCAGAGAGAGUUACUAGAAAGAGUGAAAAUGCAGCUGGCUUCUUUUCUGGAAGACCCUCAGUAUCAAGACCAACACUCUCUGCAUAUAGAGAUCAUAAAGACGUUUGGAAGAGUAGGACCUAAUGCAGAACCCAGGUUUCGGGAUGAGUUUGUUAUACCACAUUUGCACAAGUUGGCUUUGGUCAACAAUCUACAAACUGUGGAUUCCAAAAGACUAGAUAUUGCUACUCAUCUGUUCGAAGCCUACAGUGCACUUUCCUGUUGUUUUAUUUCAGAAGAUUUAAUGGUUAAUCACUUUUUACCAGGACUCAGGUGUUUAAGGAAUGAUAUGGAACACCUCUCACCGGAACAUGAGGUUAUUUUAAGUUCCAUGAUAAAGGAGUGUGAGCAGAAAGUAGAGAACAAGACUGUCCAAGAGCCUCCUGGCUCCAUGUCAAUUGCUGCAAGUCUAGUAAGUGAAGACACAAAGACCAAGUUUUUGAACAAAAUGGGACAGUUGACAACAUCUGGUGCCAUGUUGGCCAAUGUGUUUCAGAGGAAGAAGUAAAAGAAGAAAGGAAAUUCCCAGUAAACAAACACUAAGAUGGGCCUCAAGCAGACUGGUUCCUUGUACUUGAAGUACUUGCCUUUUUAUUUCUUCUGUUUAUGUUCUUGCAGUAUGAUUUUAUUCUAACCUCCAAAGAUAUUUGCACUGCUCUUGAUUAUUGCUGUGUAUCUGUUAAUUUUGGGGUUAUAACUGUGGUUGAUAGCAAAUUGACUGUAUCAAGUUGCUGUUCUGUGUUCUUGUCUUUUAGCAUAAUUUUUUUAUAUAGUGAAAAGUAUUUUUUUUUAUUUUCUGAAGGGAUAUCGGCAAAUAUCUGUAUUAUACACUGAACUAUUACAAUGGUACUUAAAAUAAUGUAAAUUUGAAGUCAUUGUUAUGAAGUAAUAAAAGUGGAAAUUACUUAUGUAUUUAAAUUAUGAAAGAAUAAUGCAGACUUUUUAUUGUUUCUAAACUGACUAGAAAGAGCCACCAGCAUUACUCUGUGCCUUUUGGAAUUAAGUUUGUGUCUACUGUAGGAAGCGUCCUGCACUCCAUUCAUUCAGCAUUUCCUUCAGAUGCUGUGGUGAACUUGAGUUCCAAAUCCUACAGUACCAAGAUAAUGAAGAAACUUCCAGCAUUUCAAAGCUUUUCUGUAUACUCUUUAAGUGCUAUACCAAACUCUUCCAACACUAUACACAUAGUCAGCUUUCUGAAGAGAUGAGCAGAGAGGAAUGGAGGAAUUGGUAUACUUUUACAUUGCCCAGUAGCCAUGGUGAAUUUACAACUGAUGUGUAAUAAAUUUAAAUGCAUGAAAUAGAUUCGAGGGUGAGAUGAAAUAAUAAUUGUCUAUUAUAUCCCAGGUCAGAAUUUUUCAGAAAAUAUUGUUUGGGCUAAGAAUCUAAUGCUUAUGUGAAAUGUUUUCUUCGAGAUAAUAACCUCCUAAAAAAUAUGUUUGGAGAAUAUCUUUUAAUUCCAUAUAGUAGACCUUUUCUUCCUUCUCCGGAAAAAGAAAGUACUGAAAAGUUUGGACUUUGGGGGAAGGUUUUCCUUUUUGUAAAAACUGAUUUGGCCAAAUUAUUGCUACUAUUGGACAGUUCCUUCAUUGCUUUUUAAUUCAGUCUGUUGUUUGUUGGUUUAUAUGUAGUCUUAAGUCAAUGUGCAAUUCCACUAAAACUUUACAAUCUGUGUUUUUGUAACUUGAGGUUGGGGAUAGAUGAUACAGUGAGUGGAAGGUAGAGUUUGAUUGACUUGGGGGGGGGGCUUGUAAGGAUUUUUUGAAAGAUGUGUGAUAUUUUAAUAACUAAAAGAUAUUCCAUAUUGAACACAGUUAAUGUGCAUAGCUAAUUCUUGUGUGGUAUAAAAUGUCUUGACACAUUUGGAACACAGUUGAAAAACACUCAUUUCAUGUGAAAGAUGGCUUGUUACACAUCACACUCAACCAUGUAAAGAAUUCACCAGAGGCAAAUUCUUUAUGAAACCAUUUCUCAUAUCCAGUGAAAUAAUUGUCAAAUAAUUAGUCUACCUGGGAACUGUUGGGUUCUAGGCAUUCCUGAGAAAUUGAAAGUGGCUACCUUUCAUGUCAAAUAUGUUGCUCUAUUAUAAAUAAAAGGUUUUGCAUA